AUGGCUCACGUCAGCGCAGUUCUCGUCUUGGCGGUGGUCAUCGUCGGUGUCUCGGUCGUGACGGAGCGGACGGAUGCGACGGACAUUUCGUCGUACCAAGCAGCGGUGGAUACGCAGACGACGGUGAAUGUGGUGGAGACGGGCCUGACAUGCAACACGGCGCUCGAGUUUUCGUCUACGGGCAGCGAUCUUACCAUCAAUGGGCUCAACUUUGCGUGCGGACUCUCUUCGGUCGUGCCCAUCGUCAUCUCCGCCACCGGGAGGAGUAUCACCUUUAAUGAUGCUGUCUUUGCCCCGGGCAACGUGGUCGCCAUCUCCAACACGGCCUCGUCCAAUACCAUCACCUUUACCGGAUCGUCGUCUAUCUCGGGUUCGGGAGGUACCUCUGGCGCUGUCUAUCGCGACACGGCGUCGGUCUCGGGCACCACCCUCGUCCUCUCCGGCCUCACCAUCACCAACUUUGCCACGUCUGCUAACCUCUUUGACAUCGCCUCGUCUACCAUGGCCAUCAGUGCCACGGGCUUGUCGCUCAACGCCAACGUCGUCGCAUCGGUCUUUGCUCUGGCCUCUUCGUCGACGACUACGCUCACCGCCGCCUCCAUCACCACCCUCACCGGCUCGCUCAACGCCGGCGCCUUGGUCCACGCCACGUCGGCCGCCACAGGCACCUUUACCAUCGAUGGCGGGUCGGUCGUAUCAGGCAUCCGCGGGCGGACGCUGUUCGAGUCGACGGCGUCCGGCUCGUUUGUCUUUGCCCUGGCAGGUACCACCGCCGUCUCCGACACCAUCAUGUGCGCCGGCUCCAUCGCCCGCCUCUCGCCCGCCGCCAUCGCCGGUGCCGUCACCGUCGCCGGCACGGUCUCGCUCACCAGCACCACCUCGCUCACCGCCGAUCACGCCGACGGAUCGCUCCCGCUAGGCGCGGUCUUCCUCAAUGGCGCCGCGAGCACGGCCGCAGCCUUUGCCUCGCCCUCCACCACCAACGUCGGCAUCUUCCCGCUCGCCUGCGCUGUCUACGCCAGUCUCCCGGCGGUGGCCUCUGUGGCGGGCCUCCAGGUCCUUGUCGACGACUCGGCCGCGAUCUCGCCGCUCACCAUCCCCCCGCUCACCUACACCGGAUGCGGCUCCGAUGGCGUCGUCGUCUCGGGCUCCACCGCCCGCUCGUGGACCAUGACCGGAGCCACCAUCGACUGCGCCGGCGCUGGCCGCGCCAUCACCGUUUCGGGCCUCUCGGCUCCGUUGGCCAUCACCGAUGGCACCCUCACCAACGGUCUGCAGACAUCGUCGCCCGGCGGGCUGUUCCAGGCUCUGAAUGCAGCUGCGCCGAUUAGCCUGACGGGCACGGCCUUUGCCACCGCCACCAGCACAUCGGGCGGCUGUCUCGCCUUUUCCGGCGGCGGCGCCGCCAUGAACCUCACUUCGGUCUCGUUCACGGCAUGCACGGCGUCUGCCAACGGCGGCGCAGUGGACUACGCUGUCUCGGCCGGAUCGAGCGCCUCGGUCUGGACCGGCGUCACCAUCACCACAAGCACCGCCACAUCGGGCAACGGCGGCGGGCUGGCCAUCGCCCUCACACCCGCCCACACCCUCACCCUCGACACGACCUCGAUCACCUUUUGCGAUGCCGGGAGCAACGGUGGCGGGCUGCACGUGGCCGGCGGCGGACUCGCGCUCAACACUGCCACCAUCAACAACAACGUGGCUGGCGGCGAUGGCGGAUGCGUCUCCCUCGACGACGCGCCGCUCACCUUUUCCGCCGUCAACAUCGACGACUGCCUCGGCAACCGAGGAGGCGCCUUUGCCGUGGCUGGCGCAAGCAGCGUGGUCCAGACGCCGGGCUUCUCGCGGUUCCAGAACAACAUCGGGUGCGAGGCGUCGUUCAUGCUCAUCGCCGGGCCAUCGGUCUUUGUCAACAUCUUCCACUCCUUUGAGAGCAACUUGAUCUCGUUUGGCUCGUCGGACACGGCCAGGUGGAUCUUUGGCGAGCUCUCGUUCACGCCUGGUGCGUCACUGAGUGCAUCGUCGAGCGUGCCGUCGAUCGACAUGUCGUCCAUGCUCAUCGAUGACGGCUCGCCAUGCAACGCGGUGCGCGGCUUUGCCAUCCCUACCGCCGCCACGUUGGCGGCCGCCAUCACCGGCGGGACGGUCACGUCGCUCACGCCGGGCACCUACCUCGGAACGCUCUCCAUCUCGGCAUCGCACACCGUCGACCUCACGGGCUUUACCGUCAAUCGGCUCUCUCUCUCCACCUCAGGCACGGUGGACAUCACCGGGCUGCGGGUCCGGUUUGGAGCGGCCUCGUCCGGCGGCUGCGUCUCGAUCUCCAGCGUGGGCGUCACCGCCAGCUUCCACAACGUGCACAUCGCCCACUGCUCGUCGUCAGCGUUUGGCGGCGGCGUGCUGGUGCGGUCGACAGGCCAAUCGCCGAUGGUCACCUUUGACGCCGACUGCACCAUCUCGGACGCCUUUGCCGACGACGGCGGCGGAGCCAUCUACCUUCGCCACAGCGGCGGCGGCACGCCCAUCGUCACCUUUCUGGGCACCAUCACGAGAUGCUCGUCCACCUCGUCAGCGGUGGUGGGCAUGGACACGAGCACAGGCACCCUCACCCUCGGUCCAGGCGCCGUCAUCCAGGACUCGACCUCCAUCGGCGGCGCCAUCGAGUCGUUUGGCGGCGGCUCGCUCGUCGUCAACAGCGUCACCAUCCGGCGCCACAGCGGAUACGGCACCGGCGAUGGCUCGCUCAUCUCGCUCAGCAGCACCGGUACGGCCGUCGUCACCGGCUCGACCUUUGUCGACUCGGUCACCGGCCGGGCCGCGCUGUACAUCGCGUCGGGCACGCCGGGCCUGACCGUGACCGGCACGAGCUUCACCCGCAUCCGCGGCUGCCUCGCCUCGGUCCUCUACAUCAAUCCGGCGGCAUCACCCGCACCGCCCGUCACCUUUGACGCCGGCUGCGCCUUUACCGACAACGUGGCUCACGUGGCCGAUCCGUCGUCGGCCUUCCCGCUGGGCGAGAUCUCCGACCCAAGCGGGAUCCGCACCGUGACGUCGGGAGCGUCGAGCUCUGGCUCACGGGUUGUCCACGCGCCGUGCACCAACAUGGCGGUGACGUCGGCUGUGCCGGACUCGUCCAUCCCGCUCCUGCAGACGUAUCUGGACUCGCUCCCGCCAUCGCCGCCCGGGCCCAUCACCUUUGCCCCGACGGUCUUCUCCGACUGCUCCGUCCCGCUCCGCCUCUCCUCCUCGCUUCCUCCCGGCAUGGUCAUCGACUUUACCUCGGUCACCUUCAACUGCGCCACGGCCCAGACCCAGGUCAUGACCAUCAUCGACUCGCCCGGCAUCACCGUCAGCAACCUCGCCGUCGACGGCAGCCUCUCGGCGGGAUCGGCACUGGCCACAUCAGGCGGCUGCGUCGUCGUCAACGGCACCCUCUCCGGUCCGGUCGUCUUCAACGGUCUCUCGCUCUCCAACUGCAACGUCUCGGCCGGCGCAGCGAGCUCGGGCCAGGCGCUGACGUUGGCGGCGGUGGGCGCGCGGAUCUCCAUCAACAACGGCGUCCUGACCGCCCGUCCCGAUCGCGAGUCUGUGGCCGCUGGCGGCGGUGUGUACAUCGGCGCGCCGCCGGGUGUGGGCCGGGUCGACGUGGUGUGGUCCGGCGGGAGUGUCAGCGGCUUUGCCGCCGAGCUCGGCGGCGGCAUCUUUGCCACCAACGCCGACGUCUCCCUCGCCGAUCUCACUGUCACCGACAAUGUGGCGAGCCUCGGCUCGGCGGUGGCGGUCGGCCUCGGCGCCACCGUCAACGUGGCGUCAUCGGCGCUGACGUCCAACUCGGCGCGCAACGGCACGAUCUACAUCGCCGAGCUCACGACGGCCGAGCUGGCUAUGGGCUGGACGGCUCCCGGCGCGCUCGUCAUGACCAACACCACCGUCCGGCAAAAUCGGGCGUGCUACGGGUGCCUCUUGGCCUCGGGCCGGGCAGCUAGCGCGACACCAGGCAGCGCGACGGUGACCCACGGCAUCAUCGUCCACAAUCUCGCCACCAGCGCGGUGGCCAACCUGUCCUCGCCGCUCAACGCGUUGCUGGAUGCAGACCGCGGGGCGGCGAACCCGACGAUCGACGCCGGCGCCUUUGGCAUCGGUAAUCGUGUCGAGCCUGCGCCGUGCUCGCUGGCGCGCGGCGGGGCACCGACGGAGCGGGCCUUUGUCCGCGUCCGCAUCGACGGAUGCGUCUCCGGCUGCAUCCUCGGUCCGCAGGGCGGGACGGUGGUGGUGGGCGGCGAGGGCUUCCGCGACGGCGACGUCUCAGUGUCCAUCAACGGCAACGUGACCAAGGUGGAGAUGUCAUCGGCACGGGCGCUGGUGGUGACCGACACAUCGGUCCAGUUUGACGUGCCCGGAGGCCUCGGCGACGGCUAUCCGUCGAUUACGCUCAACGUGUCGGCGACGUCGAUCUCGCUGACCGGCCUGGUCUACGUCGACUUGUCGGGCGCGGUUGCGGCCGACUGCGUCCGCAUCGGUCAGUACUAUGCCGAUGGGCAGUGUAAGUCGUGCCCCGAGGGCGGGUACUGCCCCGGCGGCGUCCGCAUCUGGCCACUCCGCGGCUACUGGUCGCCGAGCGAGCGGAACGCGCCCGGGCGAUGCACGCUGGAGGAGGCGUGCUGUGGCGCCAUGGGCGCGGUGGCGGCUUGCCCUGUGGUGCUGCACGACUCAGGCGCGCGAGUCACGGCGCGAUGUGACGAGGAUCUUGGCUACACCGGCCGGUACUGUGCCGAAUGCCGCGAGCCUGACUUCUACUCGGACGCCGGGGUGUGCCGGGCGUGCGAGCGGGGCGAUACGGCCGAGCUCGCCGUCCUGGUUCUGGCGGCGCUCAUCCUCAUCGGCCUGGUCACCCUCGCGGUGGCGCUCCUCUCGGUCGUCCGCAUGUCGUCGUUUGUCUCGAUCGUCCUCUCGCUGCAGCAGUUUGUGUUUGUGGGGAGGACUACGAGUGCGCGGAUCUCGGGCGAUGCGGGCAAGACGCUCUCGGACAUCUUCCGCGCGCUCUCCUUCAUCCUCUUUGACGUCGAGUUUGUCAAGCCAAACUGCUACUUUGCCAGCGCCGGCUCAUCCAACUUUGCCCGUCUCUUCUGGGGCACCCUGGUCCUCGUCGCCCUCGCCGCCGUCCUCUUUGUCGCCGCCGCCUGGGUCUACGCCGUCAUCGGCCAUCGCCUUGUCCUCCGCCGCAACAAGUCCAAGACGCCAGAGGCGGGCGAUGGCUCGGGCAACGACGAUGCCAUGACCGGCGUGGUGAUGGAGAGCAUGGCCAGCACGGAGAGCGGCGAGAAGGAUGAGGAUGAGGAUAAGGAUGAGGAGGAGGAGGAGGAGACAGGCUCGGCAUCGACCGCGACCAGCUCAUCGACGGCGAGCAUGCCAAGCAAAUCGAUGAGCUCCAGCUCUAGCAGCUCCAGCGGCAGUAGCGGCGGCAGCAGCAGUGGGAGCUCGUCGCGCGCGAGCAGCAUCGUGCCGGCGAAGACCGUGGACGACAUCGAGUCGCUGACAAGCGGCGAGGACGAGACCGAGCCGCGGACGAGAGGCGAGCGAUGGGCGCGACGGGCACGGGUGUCGAUUGUGAUGCUCCUGGCGGCGGUGUACCUCCAGAUCACGCUCCGGGUCAUCAACGCCUUCCACUGCACGACGGUGAACGGAUCUGCACGGCUCGCGGUGGAGCUCUCGACCGAGUGCUUCCAGGGCGCACACACGGCGACGCUUGCUGUGGCCAUCCUGCUCGCGGCGAUGUACUUGGUGGCGUUCCCGGUGGUGGUGCUCUGGCUGAUGUAUCGGGCGUACGGGGCAAACGCCGAGGCGAUGGCCGAGCUCAAGGGCGGCGCGUUUGCCUUUCUGGUCCGUGGCCUGCAGCCGGGCGUGUUCUGGUUCCGCGUGGCGACGCUGGUGACGAGCGUGGUCCUUGUGCUCGAGACGGUGCUCAUCGCGGGCACGUCGGUGCGGAUCAUGGUGGUCGGCCUCAGCCUACUGGUCAACGUUGUCCUCAUCAGCCUCUUCUGGCCCUUCAAGAGCACGCACAACAACCUCUUCCAGCUGACCAUCGGCAUCGGCUCGUCGGUCCAGCUCGUCAUCUUUGCCGACUCGGACGGCCUUGACGGCGGCAAGUCGACUAUCCAGCGCAACGUCCUCCUCUCGUUUGUCAUCAUCGUCAGCGUUGGCGUUGUGGCCUGGCGAUCUGCGCUCUACCUCCGGCGACGAGCCGAGGGCCGGGUCGACAAGAGCGAGGUGUCCGACAUCGACCACCUCUCCGCACGCCAUGCCACCAUCACCGCCCUCACCGCAGACCUCUCUGCCCGUGAUGCCACCAUCACCGCCCUCCGCACACGCCUCCGAUCCGCCUCGUCUCGCUCCGCCUCGUCUCGCUCCGCCUCGUCUCGCUCCGCCUCGUCUCGCUCCGCCUCCUCUCGCUCCGCCUCGUCUCGCUCCGCCUCGGCCUCUGCGGCCACUCCCAAUCCGGUGCCGGCGGCGGUGGCGGCGGUCUUGGCGGGCGCUCCGCUUGCUCUUCGCGCUCUGCCGUCGCCGGCGGCAAAGGCUGCGCUGCUCACCGCUCUGGCUGAUCGCUGUGCCGGUCAUGCUGUGAUCGAUGUGCUGGCUGGGGAGCGGGCGUCGUUGACGGCGGCGGCGUUCUACGAUAUGCUCGCUGCCGCUCCUGCAGCCGUCCCCUACUACCUGGCCCAUCUCCGCGCCGUUGGCGCGUACCCGGAGCUGAUUGCCGCCACCCGCGCCCUGCUCCCACCGCCGGCCUCGGCAUGGGCCCUCCUCCGCGCUGCUCUGGCCGCCCCGCCCGAUCGCCGCCUGCCGGCGCUGGAGGCUGCUGCAAAGGCUGCUGCUGAUCCGGCCGCCCGCGAGUCGCCGCGCGGCUUCCUCCGCUCGUCUAUCGCUGCUCAGAUUGCGCUCCUCCGCAUCCAGGCCAAGGUCCAGAAGAUGGAUGCUGCCGCCGCCGCUGGCAGCAACCCGCCGCCCAUUCUGCUCCGCUUCCCACCGCGCCCGCUCCUUGGCCGCUCUGUCUACGCCACUGCCCACUACCUGCUCUUCUACCACCGCGCCGCGCCCGACGACUCGGUCGCCUCGCCGCGCGCCUUGGCUGCCGCCCUCGCCCUCUCGCCGGCGGCCUACAUGCGCAAGUCGGCCCUUGCCGCCGCACAGAUCGGCGACUGGGAGCUGCUGCGGAGCCUGGCCUGGGCCGGCGCCGACUACCACGCCGCCCGCAAGGCACUCGCCAAAAACCCGGCCAAGGCUCGCCGCCGCAAGCCCAAGUCGGUCAUCGGCUGGGAGCCCUUUGUCGCCGCCGCCGUCGCCCACGACGCCCCGCCCGACCUCGUCGACUACUUCCUUGGCCUCAUCGCUGACCCAGAGGCCCGCAUCAAGCUCGCCACCCGCUGCAAGCACUGGGCCGUCGUCGCCCGCACCUUGGAGUCGCUCGCCGACCUCCACCGCCUCCGCCAGCUCCGCGCCUUUAUCAUCCGGAAGCACGGCCGCUUUGGCGACGUCCGUCUCCUCGAUCUUGUCGACGGCGCCCUUGCCCGGCUGGGCACAUGA